AUGUUCAGCCACGCAGCGGACUUGCCCCUGCCAACGAAAAGGCUUUCGAACCGGGAGGCGGGUGCACUGCCUGAAGCCUUAUCGCCUCCUCGCCUCCCGGCCCACCCAGACACCGGGCUCCUUCAUCUUGAAGGCGUUGCAGCGGGAGACAAUGUGUGUGGCUGUAGCCAGCCGGUUUGUUUUAAAGGCCGACAUCUGUGGGCGACAUUUUCCGUCACAGCCUGGAACCAGUUCCUGCCUUUGUCCUAUUGUGGCAGCCCAGACAGUGGCCCGAACUCAAGUUCCCGAACUUCGCCGCAGCCUCCUGCCAGCAGUGGCCCCCGACAAUUCAGGCACACAGCUCCACACACACAGAGCUCCCCGAUAUCCUGGCGUUGUGGUGUGUAUGCGCUGGGUUGGGGAGGGGGGUUCUGUACAUAAUGCUCUCCCAUUCCAGCGCAAAGGACCCUGAGAGUGACAAUGAACUGGUUUGUUCGGUGGGGGGUGAGGAAUCCCAAGAGGGCGGAGGGGACAAUGAGGCCCUGUCUGGGCCACUCGCCUCGUCGGCGGGUUUGGGGUCGAGGGGGGGAGGGCGUGACUCAUGCCAGGGGCCGAAAUGCCAGGGGGCAUCGGCCAGAGGUGGGUGGAAGGGGGAUUUGCUGCGGCUGCUGCUGCAAGGGUGCGUGGCAGCUGUCCAAGAAAGGUGGGGACUUGGCCGUUUCAAACUCUGCUUCCACCCACAGCUGAGCUGGGAACAGACGGCUGGAUGCAGGAGCUCUCAGGUUGGGACCUUGAGGGCAGCAGGAGAGAAGCGCCAAGGCUGAGAGGAGACGGAACAGGUAGUGUGCAAGGGUAAUUUUAUGAGGUUGGUGGUGGGGACAUUUUGCAGCACGCACUGAGAGUGUGUGCGUCCUGUGGGAUAGCUUAGUUGGUAGAGCAUGAGACUCAAGGUUGUGGGUUCGAGUCCCACGUUGGGUGAAAGAUUUCUGCAUUGCAGCGGUUGGACUAGAUGACACACCCACACCCACACCCACACCCACACCCCCCCGGUGGUCCCUUCCAACUCCGUAGAUCUGUGAUUCCGCAUGUAAAGUUUGCUGAAUUCUCCGCAGCGCCAGAUACUGAGGAUGGUGCAGGGCCAUCUUUGCCAACCUGGUGCCCCCCAGAUAUGUUUCAGACUACAUAUCCCAUCAGCCCUGGCUGACACCUCUGGAGGUCAUCGGGUCCGGUCAGCAAAGGCUGAUAAAGAGGAACGUUGCUAUACUUGCUCCUUUGCUGUUUUGGCACGGAGGGGGUUGAAGGUUUGUUUUAUCGUUUUAUCAUGUAUAGAAAACAGAGAAUUACGACGACUGGCGGAAGUUAAAAGAUGAAAAGCAGAACUAUAAAACGGGCAUGCUGAAUGCACCCAGUUGCACAGGGGUUAAAAUAACAAGUCUUAAGUAAAGACUAUAAACGUUAUCAGAUCACCCAGGAUAGUUGCAGAUUUGCCAGCCUUGUGAUGAUGAUUGCACUGAAAAAGAUGCCUCUGCUGCGUAUGUCAUAGAAGAAUGCCAAACCGUAUAAAAAUGGUCUGGAGGUUCCAGUCCUUGUCGAAAUCUUGAAUUAUCCAUUAUAGCUAUAUUCCAGAAUGAGCAGCCAGGGGAAGAUUUGGGACUGUUUUCCAUUGAGUUGCAGUUACCAUUCGUGCCGCCAAGAUCAUAUAUAAGACCAAUUCAUAGAAUCAUAGGAUUGUAGCGUCAGAAGGGAACCUGAGGGUCAUCUAGCCCAACCCUCUGCAAUGCAGGAAUCUUUCGCUCAACGUGGAGCUCGAACCCACAAGCCUGAGCUUCAGGGUCUCAUGCUCCAUUGAUUGAACUAAUAUAUAUCUGUUUUAACAGUAGCUCAAAACGUGGAAAUAUAGGGUGAAAACCUGUCCUUGGCAUGAGUGGGGCAGAGGGAGCUUUAGCCUUGCAAUUUCUGCAUGUUAAGGUGUUCAGCAAAGGAAACAGGACCAAAGGGAGCCAGUAAAAAGAGGAGAAGCCUUGUUGCAAUGGACAAGGCGAAAUUCUGUAUAAAUUUGCACUACAGUAAUACAGCACACCUUUGGCAAUCACACAAAGCCCUACCACAAAAGAUAAAUUUUGUGACAAAAGUUCCAUCUCCAAAAGAUAUUUUAUUAAAAAAAAGUACAUCCCUUUCUCUCUUUUAUUGAAGAAGAACAGGAUAUUUUAAUGCCAUUAUCAUCGUUACAGAGGCGUCUGUGGAGGGGAUAUAGUGAUUGAAAAUGCCUAGCCAACCAGAUUGGAAGCUGGGUUCCUAUUGAGUAUAUUUGGCGAGCCGUCAUGACAGUGAUGUGGGAUUGAUCAUUCUGUGAUAUUAUGGCAGGGGACAAAGCUGUAUUGUAACUUUUGAAUACAUGUAUAAUAAUAAUAAUAAUAAUAUAAAAAUUACCUCAGAUAAUAAAGUAAGGAAAAACCGCUCCUUCUCGUUCAUUUCCCCCUCGCCCUACCACAUAUAAGGAAUCUGAGAAGAGCUGUUCUGGAUCAAGGCAAGGGGCCCUUUAGAGAUGCUAAUUUUCAGCUGGGAUUCCAUCACCUACUGGCAAAUGGAGGAUGCAGGAUUAAGGCCCGUUUGGGAACUCCUGCACGACAAACCCACUUCCCCCCAAAGACCAGGCUUUUGUGAUAAGGAAAGUGUGGACGUUUGCUUUGAUCUAACCUUGCCCAGCCUCCCCUGCAAACCAACCGGACUGAUGGCUCAGUUAGUUGGAGCGAGGUGCUGAUCAUGCCAAAGUCGCAGGUUCAAUCCCCGUACGGGACAGCUACAUUGCAGGGGGUUGGACUGGAUGACCCCCGAGUUCCCUUCCAAGUCUACGAUUCUGUGUCAAGGACUGAAGCUGCAGGCAAAGGUGCUGCUUUGUUGCUGAGCCGCAGCCCUUUCCUUAAAUCAUCCUCUUCUCUUCCACAGGUCCUGGGAUUUGA